AUGCAGUCUGACUCAGACAUUCAUAUUGAAAGGGAUGAGCCACUCCAAAACGAAGACACUUCAACAACUUCACAACUUAAGAAUGUCUCCAUUCCCUCUCCCACUUCCACCGUUUCCAAACCCAUAUCUAUUGCUCCAUGCCCACCUGUAACUUUGGGUGUUUCGCAACCCCCAUCUAUUUUCACCGAUUCCACCACAACACCAACAACAUCUAUUGAGCCUCCUGCAACUGUCAACGCAUCUAAUGUGGGGGCAAGAGCUUCAGGUUUCACAACUGGUCAUAUCACACCACCCAUUUCCCCUCUUCGCCAAAAUGACCCAGAUAUGAUAUACGGUGAUGAUGAAGCUCCCAUCACGAAAGGCAUGCUCAAGGUAAUACACGAAAAAUUGGACUCCCUGCUUCAUUAUUCAAAGGCAUCAUCCACUGAUGAUUCUUCUCAAGCAACGGUCAAGUCCCUUCUUGAGACCCUUACGAAAGAGCACUCCGCCAACCUAGAAAAGACGAACAAGGCGGUAGAUGCUUCUACCACUGUUUGCAACAACUCGACCAAAAAAGUCGAUAAAAUAAUUAUUGAUGCAAGGGUGUUCAUGGAGAAGUUCCAGAGCUCCUUUGAGUUGAACACUGCAAAGGCUGAUGAAGUCAUUUCUAGCCUGGGUUGUACACUUAAAACUGAGAAGGCAAAACUUCAAAAGGUUUGCACUGGUCUUCAAACUAACCAUGCUCAGUUCAAUUCAUCCAUCUCCUUGCAAAUAUCUAAGCUUCAAGAUGAUCUAGAAAUGGAGAGAAAAAUAAUGGAUUCUCUUGCCAUCAAGACUGAAAAGGUGAAAGUCUUGACAGUCAAAUUCAAGAAUACUGAGAAACAAGUUAAUGAUUUGUUUUCCGAAAAAAGCAGCUAUGAAAAGCUGUAUCGCAGACAUUACUGGCUUGCUUUCGGAUAUCAUUAA